AUGGUCAUUGAGGUUGUGGCUGUGGUCUUUACCAGAGAAGAGUGGGCUUUGCUGGAACUUGCCCAGAGGAAACUCUACAGAGAUGUGACAAUGGAAACCUUCAGAAACCUGGCCUCCAUUGUGCAUGAGUGUAGAAGUUGUGAAGAUUUCUGUAGUUUCUCAUCCUUUCAGGCCCAUGUGAAAAGUCAUAAACGUGAAGCUAAAGACUGUUGGGAAACCUAUACACGUUCCUCAUUGGUCACGUUACCUAAAAAGUUUCAUAGUGGAGAUAAGCCUUAUGAGUGUGAGGAAUGUGGAAAACCCUUUAGUUAUUUCUCUUCUCUAACUAGACAUGUAAGAACUCACAGCAAAGCAAAGGCUUAUGAAUGUACGGAAUGUGGAAAAGCCUUUAGUUUUUCCGCACUGCUUACAAUUCAUAUAAGGACUCAUGAUGGAAAGAGGCCCUUUGAGUGCAAGGAAUGUAGAAAAGCCUUGAGUUGUUCCUCAGCCCUCACCAGACACUUAAGAACGCACAGUGGAGAGAGGCCUUAUGAAUGUAAGGAAUGUGGGAGAGAUUUUCGACAUUCUUCAGCCCUCAAUAGACAUAGACGAUCUCACAGUGGAGAGAGACCCUAUGAAUGUAAGGAAUGUGGGAAGGCCUUCAGCCGGUCCUCACACCUCAGGACUCAUGCUAGAACACACAGUGGGGAGAGGCCUUAUGCAUGUAAGGAAUGUGGGAAAGCCUUUAGUCAGGCCUCACACCUCACUACACACACUAGAACUCACAACGGACAAAGACCUUAUGAAUGUAAGCAAUGUGGGAAAGCCUUUAGUCAGUCCUCAUCCCUCACUGUACAUGUUAGAACUCACAGUGGACAGUGGACUUAGGAACCUAAGUACUGUGUCAACGUCUUUACUUGUUUCUAUGUAAGAGCAAAGGAGAGAGGGCUAAUGAAUGAGUAAUAUAGGAAAGCCUUUAGCCAUUUCUAAUUCUGCACUACAUGUAUAAGAAAUCACAGUGAAUAGAGGUCCUUUGAAUGUAGCGAAUGUGACAAAGCCUUUAGUUUCCACAGUUUUUUCAUAUAAGAGUUAACAUUGAAGAGAAACCAUGAAUGUAAAGAACGUGAAAAAGUAUUUAUUUUUCCUCUCUCUCUAAACUUACUUUCAGUUGAAGGAGUCCUUAUGAAGGUAAGGAAUAUGAAAAAUAUUCUGUUGUCCCUCAUCCUUUGGAACACAUCUGAAUAGGUGUGUUCCACUGUCUAACAUUGGAUAGAUGUCAAACCCCUUUUCCCCACCCACAAACCUGAAGAUACAUGGCAGUGAAACAAUGUCAAUGUCAAGAUUAUGGGAAUUUUGUUUUCCUCCUCAGACUGUCUAAGCAUUCGGAUCUACUCAUGUGAAAAGCCUUCCCUAAAAUUAUGAGAAUUCACAUUGGAGAUGUACCAUGGAUACAUAAAAUGCCUGGGAAUA